GACGUACGUCUGGCAUCGCGGGCUCAUAAGACAGAAGGCAACAAACAUGGUGGCAACAAAGCAAGUGACGGAAGGUAGUGGUUGGUGUAACCUGAAGUACAUUAGUCUCCUCACCUUGACAAUACAGAAUGCUUCUCUUAUUCUCACGAUACGUUACUCGCGCACCUUGCCUGGAGACAUGUACAUUGCUACAACUGCCGUGGUGUUUGCAGAAGUCUUAAAAGUACUGGCAUGUUUGUUAAUUAUACUUGCCCAGAAGCGGAGCUUUCCAGAUUUUUUUGAUUUACUAUAUUCAUCAAUUAUUGGACAGCCAUGGGAUACACUGAAACUAUCCGUUCCAGCACUAAUUUACACCAUACAGAAUAAUCUACAGUACACUGCUAUUUCAAAUCUGGAUGCUGCCACUUUUCAGGUGACAUAUCAGUUAAAAAUUUUGACAACAGCCCUGUUUUCAGUCUUCAUGCUCAACAAAACUCUUGUGAAACUUCAGUGGCUGUCUUUAGUCAUGCUCUUUGUUGGAGUCUCAAUUGUGCAGCUGCAGCCAACAGGUGGAACUUCUUCAAGUGAUAAAGAUAACCAGUCUGUGGAGACGGCACAGCAAUUGAAAGAAUCUCAGAGCCCACUGCUGGGUUUGGUUGCCGUUAUUUUGUCCACACUUUGCUCUGGAUUUGCAGGUGUUUAUUUUGAGAAGAUUUUGAAAGGUUCACAAGCAUCCAUCUGGAUCCGAAACAUUCAACUGGGAAUCUAUGGAACAGUUAUUGGCCUUAUUGGAAUGCGUGUUAAGGAUGGUGACAAGAUUGAUGAGAAAGGCUUUAUGUUUGGGUAUUCCAUCUUGGUUUGGAUUGUUAUCUUUAUGCAGGCAUUUGGUGGGCUUCUGGUUGCUGUAGUGGUGAAGUAUGCAGAUAACAUUCUUAAGGGCUUUGCGACAUCAUUAGCAAUUAUUGUUUCUUGUGUAGUAUCUGUGUAUCUGUUCGACUUUCAUGUGAGUGGACAGUUCUUGUUUGGUGCUGCACUGGUUAUAUCAGCUGUACUGUUGUAUGGAAGACCACAGAAUCAAGCUAAGCCAGGGAGUGAAAAACUGACUGCUGUGGCAAAAGUAUAACUUUGUUGUUCACUGCAGAAUUUAUGGCAAGGGUGCCAAUUUUUUUCAGAAAACCGGGCCACUGUGCAACAGGAAAAUACUUACAUGUGUAUUGAAUAAUACAAAAAACUUGUUGAUAUGUGAUAUACCAAAAGGAAAUCUCAUACUCAGUUCUUGAACAAUGAACAACCAGGAGUUGAGUUCAAUACAUGCCAGUCCUUAUUCUGAAAUAAUUGCUGUUAUUUUUGUCAUCAUUGUUCUCAUCAACAUCAUUUUCGUUAUCGUUAUCUU